AUGGGGGUCGGUGGGUGCUUGGCCCUGCCCUGGAGGUGCCUAGUCGUCCUCUGUCUCAGGCUGCUCUUCCUUGUGCCCGCAGGAGUGCCCGUGCGCAGCGGAGAUGCCACCUUCCCCAAAGCCAUGGACAACGUGACCGUGCGGCAAGGGGAGAGUGCCACGCUCAGGUGUACCGUGGAUGACCGGGUCACGCGGGUAGCAUGGUUGAACCGCAGCACCAUCCUGUACGCCGGCAAUGACAAGUGGUCUAUAGACAACCGCGUGGUCAUCCUCUCCAACACCAAGACCCAGUACAGCAUCAAGAUACACAACGUGGACGUGUACGAUGAGGGCCCCUACACCUGCUCCGUGCAGACAGACAAUCACCCCAAGACUUCACGUGUCCAUCUCAUCGUGCAAGUUCCCCCCCAGAUCGUCAACAUCUCGUCGGACAUCACCGUGAAUGAAGGCAGCAGUGUGACCCUCAUGUGCCUGGCCUUCGGGAGACCGGAGCCCACCGUCACGUGGCGGCACCUCUCUGGGAAAGGGCAGGGCUUUGUGAGUGAGGAUGAGUACUUGGAGAUCACGGGCAUCACGCGGGAGCAGUCUGGGGAGUACGAGUGCAGCGCCGUCAACGACGUGGCUGUCCCGGAUGUGCGGAAAGUCAAAGUCACCGUCAACUAUCCGCCAUACAUCUCGAACGCUAAGAACACAGGUGCCUCAGUGGGCCAGAAGGGCAUCCUGCAGUGCGAGGCCUCGGCCGUCCCCGUGGCAGAGUUUCAGUGGUUCAAGGAGGACACCAGGUUAGCAAACGGGCUGGAAGGCGUGCGGAUUGAGAGCAAGGGCCGCCUGUCGACGCUGACCUUCUUCAACGUCUCAGAGAAGGACUACGGCAACUACACGUGUGUGGCCACGAACAAGCUGGGCAACACCAACGCCAGCAUCAUCCUGUAUGGGCCUGGAGCGGUGCACGACGGCGGCAACGCGGCGUCCCGGGCAGCUGCUGGCCUCUGCCUCUGGGCCGCCCUCCUCGCUUGCCUCCUCCUCGACUUUUGA